AUGAUUAUUCGCAACUUUAUAUUGCCAAGUUUGGCACGACAUAAACUAUAUAAUAGUCUAACAAUUGCAUCAAAUUCCAAGUUACUUCUACCGAAUUUUCACAAUCACAGGCUACUACAUAGAAAAUUCAUAUCUCAUCUGAUACCAAUGCGUCAGGGUGAAACCAAACUCACAAUUAAAUCGUGUCGUGAUUUACCUGCAGCUAGAUUUCCUGAAUAUAUCAAAUCAUCACAUAAUCGAUUAUACAAUAUUGUAUGGAGUGAAAAUCCACUUUCAAAUGUGUUUUUAGUGAAGAAGCCAUGGGAACCGACUGUGCGUGAUGCCAUGGUGGAAUUAAUAAACCAUUUGCAUGUGCAAUACCCCUGUAUCAAUGUGAUUGUUGAUGAAAACGUUGCUGAUGAAAUGAUGAAUGAAGUAUCCAGCGUUGAUAAACAAUUGGAUUCAUCAGCAAAACAUAUUGUAUACACAGGAUCCACAGAGGAGAUUAUCAGUAAGACUGAUUUGAUAAUUACGCUUGGUGGUGAUGGAACUAUUUUACGGGGAGUUUCUUUAUUUUCUAAUGUUCAGGUCCCCCCUGUCCUAUCAUUUGCAAUGGGUACAUUGGGGUUCCUAUUACCAUUUGAUUUCAAAAGCUGCAUGCUGUGUUUUGCAUUAGUUUACGAGAAUAGAGCACAAGCAUUACAUAGAAAUCGUUUGGAAUGUCAUGUGGUUAGAAAUGCUGAUGUAAAGACAUGUGAAAAGGCAGAGAAAGAAGAAGAAGAAGUUGCAAUAGUGAGGAAUAAAAAGAGACUGUAUGUUGAGAUAGGGGACACGGAUUCCAAGCAACAGGAUGAUCAAGUAAUAUCAGUGGAGAAGCAAGAAAUGAUACAUGCAAUGAAUGACAUUACAAUUCACCGUGGAAGUUCACCAAAUUUGACAUCAUUGGAUAUCUACAUUGAUAACGAAUUUUUCACAACAACAUAUGCAGACGGAUUAAUCUUUUCCACUCCCACUGGAUCAACUGCAUAUUCAUUAUCUGCCGGGGGAUCAAUAACUCAUCCAGCAGUGGCAUGUAUUUUACUAACACCAAUCUGUCCUCGAUCACUUUCGUUUCGUCCAUUGAUAUUACCAUGUACUUCGGAUAUAAUGGUACGAUUGUCAGAAAAUAAUCGUAGUUCGUUUAUUGAACUUACAGUAGAUGGAAUAAGCCAACAAGACUUACACCCGGGAGAUGAAUUGCAUAUAACUUCAGAAACGGUUGUAGUUGCCAAUGAUAAAAUAAAGAAACAGAAACGAAACAACGGUGAUUCCGCAACUAUUAGUGAUAGAGAUAAUGGACUAGAGUAUAAUGACAAGAAUGGAAUUUGGUGUGUUGCUACUAAUCAAAAUCAAUGGUCUAAAGAUUUAAACAGUUUGUUGGGGUUCAAUAGUUCAUUUAGGGGCCAAAAGAGUAAGAAACUGCAUUUAUGA